AUGGAACAUGCGCCACUAGUUAAUGAAGAUGACGAAGCAAAUGAAUGUUGUUCCGCAGACGAAUUCGAAUUGAAACCUCGAAGUCAUUGGAAAAAUUCAAUUGAAUCGAAAUCGAAAACUAAAGUCAAAGCAGCGAAAAAAAUGGGUCUGUCCUGUUCAUCGAUUUUAUCAUUAUGUCGCAACAAAGCGCACAAAACUCAGCCACGUAAUGUUAUGAUCGGCCGACGUGAUCUUAAUUCCAUAUGGUAUCCAAAAAAUGUUAUCCGUAAUCAAAAAUACAAUAUCUUAACAUUUAUUCCACUUGUUCUAUUCGAACAAUUUCGUUUUUUCCUUAACCUUUAUUUUCUUAUUAUGGCUUGUACACAAUUCAUCCCUAUGUUUCGUGUUGGUUAUCUGUAUACAUAUUGGGGUCCCUUAGCAUUUGUGUUAUUCGUAACAAUGUUACGCGAAGCUUACGAUGAUAUUAAGCGAGCCUAUCGAGACAAAGAAUUGAAUUCACAGAUGUAUACUUUACUAUGUAGUAAUGGACGAAGGAAGAAAGUUCCUAGUUCACAAUUACAAGUAUCCGAUGUAGUUAUUAUACAGAAAAAUCAACGCGUGCCAGCAGAUGUUGUACUACUACAAACAUCGGACAAGUCAGGUACCUGUUUCAUUCGUACCGAUCAAUUAGAUGGUGAAACCGAUUGGAAACUGCGUAUUGCCGCUCCACUUACUCAAUCCCUUGAAGACAUCUCUCUUCUUAUCUCUGAGACAAGUGCAACAGGAAAAAUUCAUGCUGAACCACCUAGUCUAAGUAUUCAUGAAUUUAAUGGCGUCGUCUCAUGGAAACAAGAUGAACCGCUGACGGUGGAAAACGUUCUCUGGUCAGGCACAGUCGUUGCUACUGGUGAAGCUGUGUGCUGUGUUAUCUAUACCGGCUCAGAUACACGUAUGGUUAUGAACACAAGUAAACCACGCUCUAAAGUUGGUCUACUCGAUAAUGAAAUAAAUACAUUAACAAAAUUACUAUUUAUUGCUCUGGUUCUUCUAUCUAUUGUUAUGCUUGUAUUGAAAGGUUUUCGUGGACCAUGGUAUCGAUAUUUAGUUCGAUUCUUUCUCUUGUUUUCCUACAUGAUACCAAUCAGUCUUCGUGUUAAUCUUGACAUGGGUAAGACAGUUUAUGCUUGGUUUAUUCAACGAGAUAAAAAUAUUCCUGGUACUGUUGUACGCACGAGUACAAUUCCCGAAGAACUAGGACGUAUUGGUUAUCUUCUUUCGGACAAAACGGGAACAUUAACACAAAAUCUAAUGAUUUUCAAACGUAUUCAUUUGGGUACCGUUUCCUAUACGAAUGAAAAUCAAAACGAAAUAUCGAAUCUACUCAAACAACAAAUGAAAACGAUCACUACGCCCAUACAUGAGAAUCAGCAGCCAAUUACAUCGACAUCGAACAAAGCACGUAGUGUUGUGAAGAAAACGGAAGCAACGAAAGUGCCCGAAGCAGUCAAAGCAUUAGCUCUAUGUCACAACGUUACACCGGUGUUUGAAGAAAAAUCUUCUUCUUCGUUGGAUACAUCAGCGCGUUCAACUGACGAUAAAAACACAACAACGACAUUAAUUAAUCGCAUGUCAACGGCAGGACGAAUCGUGGAUCCUAGUUCCUUACCAGAUACACCAUUAACCGGUGCAACUUCACUGAAUACUACCGAUGCAUCAGAUUUAACACAAUUAUUACCACCUACAGAUGUCACCUAUCAGGCAUCAAGUCCCGAUGAAAUAGCUCUUGUAGAAUGGACUGAGCAAGUUGGUUUGACACUUGUCCAUCGUGAUCUACAAUCCAUGACACUACAAUUGAAUUCAACCCAACAAUUGUUACACUAUCAAAUUCUUCAGAUGUUUCCAUUUACAUCUGAAACCAAACGAAUGGGAAUUAUCGUUCGUGACGAACAGACGAAUGAAAUCAUCUUUUAUUUAAAAGGUGCUGAUGUUGUCAUGCAAACUAUUGUUCAAUACAAUGAUUGGCUACAAGAAGAAUGCAGUAACAUGGCACGUGAAGGUCUCCGUACAUUGGUUGUAGCAAAGAAACAUCUCACCAUUGAACAAUAUCAAGAAUUUGAACAACGUCUAAUGAGAGCACGUUUACAAACAAUUGAUCGAAAUCGCCGUGUGAAUGAAGUCAUCGAAACUCUAGAACGUGACAUGGAAUUACUUUGUGUAACAGGUGUUGAAGAUAAGUUACAAGAGAAUGUUCGACAAACGCUAGAAACUUUACGAAAUGCCGGAAUUAAAAUUUGGAUGUUAACGGGUGAUAAACUAGAAACAGCAACAUGUAUUGCUAAAAGUUCGAAACUCAUCGGACGAGAUCACGAUAUAUAUACAUUUAAACAAGUCACAACCAGAGAAGAAUGUUUACAAGAAUUGAAUAUGUUUCGAAGAAAAGCAGAUGCAUGUUUAAUUAUCACAGGUGAUACAUUGCAAAUUUGUUUGUCUUUUUAUGAAAAAGAUCUCAUGGAAUUAACCAUUCAAUGUCCAGCUGUUGUCGUGUGUCGAUGUUCACCUACACAAAAAGCGAAUGUUGUUGAAUUGUUAAAAAAGUAUGGUAACCAUCGGGUACGCGUUUGUGCGAUUGGCGAUGGUGGGAAUGAUGUUAGUAUGAUUCAAAGUGCAGAUGUUGGUGUUGGAAUUGUUGGAAAAGAAGGCAAACAGGCAUCACUAGCGGCCGAUUUUUCAAUCAAUCAAUUUUCAUAUUUAUCACGUUUACUACUUGUCCAUGGUCGAAACAGUUACAAACGUUCGGCGGCUCUUUCACAGUUUGUCAUGCAUCGUGGUUUGAUUAUCAGCGUCAUGCAAGCGAUCUUCUCUUCGAUCUUCUACUUUGCAUCGAUAUCCUUAUAUCAAGGCUUUCUAUUAGUCGGUUAUGGAACUGUUUAUACAAUGUUUCCUGUGUUUUCUUUGGUGUUGGAUAAAGAUGUACGAUCCGAAAUUGCCCUCUUAUAUCCUGAAUUGUAUAAAGAACUGUCGAAAGGAAGAAGUUUAUCAUUUAAAACAUUCUUUCUGUGGGUGUUUAUUUCAAUCUAUCAAGGUGGAGCAAUCAUGUAUGGAUCAUUUCUUCUGUUCGACGAUGAUUUUAUACAUGUUGUUUCGAUUACAUUUACAUCAUUGAUAUUAACAGAACUAUUGAUGGUCGCACUUACGAUUCGAACAUGGCAUCCUGUAAUGAUUCUUGCACAAUUAUUAAGUUUGGCUUGUUAUGUUCUUUCGUUGAUUGUUCUGAAGUCACAUUUCGAUCCUGAAUUUCUUCAAUCGUGGGAUUUCAUCUGGCGUGUUCUACUCGUUACAUUGAUAUCAUGUUUACCACUCUAUAUUCUAAAAUUCGUUCAAGUCAAAUGUAAACCUCCCAUACAACAAAAACUCAUGCAGUAUGCAACAUUGAAAUAA